AUGACUAUUGAAGAACAAUCAAAGAUCCAUAAACCAUUUGAGUUUACACAUCCCAACAGUGGAAUCAAUAGAUCACUGUUUCUGAAUGCUGACCAGUCAAAUCACCAUUUGCAAUCUAUCAAUACCAUCACUGAUGAAGAAAGUAUUGAAUUUUCUUUUGACGAGUUCAAACAUACUUUACCAUUAACAGACACCAAUAUUGAUACCAAUGAUCGUUAUACUUUUGAAAAAUUAGAGGAAUCUUCAAGCAGUUCAAAUGAAAAUGAAAUUGAAUCUUCAUGUCAAUCAACUGAAUCACACAUGUUAUCUGUUGCUAUGUCAAAUGCUAAAGCUCAAGCUGUUCCAUCUCCAAUGUUUACCGAGCAAUUUAGUGUUCUUGAAGAAGGUGGUGCUAAUGGACAAGACAAAGAUGUCAAGAAGAAAAAUGCUCCAAUUGAAGUGGAUAAUUCAGAUGUACUGAGUUUGAUUUCUAGUACUACGGUUUCAAACUUUUUGAAUUUUGAAAAAUUGACUGUUGAAUCAAAUAUUUCAUCUGCUAUUAAAAAUGCUGAUGAUCAUAAAAUUGAUGAUUUGAAAAUUCCAAAAAUUGUUAUUACUCCAAUGGAUGUCAAAUUGAAUCAAAAGUCUGUUGUGGAUAAUGUUAAAGUUGGUUCCUCUAAAGUUUUUGAAAAUGAAGGUAUCUCAUCUAAAUCAAGUUUAGUUAUUGAAAAGCCUAAACCAAAGAAUGAAGUUAUGGAUGUCAAGGCUACAACUGCUAAAUCCAAAGGUUUUGCUCAAUUAUUGUUUCUGUCGCUGAUUCAAAUUUAUAGAUCAACCAAUUCUAAGAAGCUUAGUGGAAAUGCUUUGGCUAAACAAGAUGCUGAAGUGCAGUUGAGCUAUGCUGCUAAACUCCAAUUAUCUUUUGUUUCAAAUGUUUUGUCUUUAUUUAAGGAAAAGAAAACUCUAGAUGAGUACAAAAAGCUGAAUAUUCAAUUGUACAAAACGUUAUCUACUGUUGUAUUCAUAAAUCAAAAAUUGUAUUUCAAUACUGCAUAUAGAGGUGAUUUGAUUCCUUUUUAUAACUUUUCAUUUAGAGAAUGGAGAUUACUUGAAUUCACUAGUAUGAGAGGUACAAGAUUAAUUGAUAUUAUUAAAGGUGAUGGAUGGUCUUCUCACUGGGUACCAAGUUCCAUUGAUUUCCAAAUUUUCACUAAAGGUUCAGGUCGUCAUUGGACAAGAGAAUUGUUUAAACCAAUAAUUAUGUUUCCAAGAUUAGAUAAACUUCUGAUUUCACAAGAUCCUGAUACAUUAUUGAAUCAUUUCGGUCCAUUAUUGAGUAUUAUUCCUGAAACAAGAGAUGAAAUUGCCAAAUUUAAAUUGAAAAAUGGCUCACCAGUUAUUAUUCAAGAUAUUUUAGAAGGUAAGCCUUUAAGUCAUAGAAAGAGAUUAUCCAAGCCACUUUUAAAACUUGUUGAAACUCAUGUUUAUGGUCAUUAUAAAGCUAUCCAAAUCAAGAAUUCUGAAAUUAGAAGAAUUGAAGGAGCUAUUCAUGAAAGCUUCAAUCAAGUCGUUGAUGCUGCUGUUCAAGGUUAUAUUGAAGCUUUCAACUUUAUUGAUUGUUAUGAUUCAUUAGAUAAACAUUCAACAUCAGAAAUCUAUGUUAAAAUUUAUGAUUUUUACAAGAAUUGUCCAGUUGUUGAUCUUGGUAAUUUCUUCUUACAAGCCGUUGGUACACCAACUUUAAACGAAGUUGUUUUCAAGCGUAAAAUGUGUGGUGACGAAAGUUUGAAGAUUAUGGAAUUUAUCAUUGAUCGUAAUUAUAUGAAGACAGAUUCACUGACUUUAGGUUAUUUAAGAUUGAUGGUUGCAUAUAUCCAAUCACCAUAUAUGACCAAGUAUAUAUUGAGAAAAUUAUUAUUUUGGGCUGAUAAUGUCAAGAUGGAUAAAUUAACUUAUGCUAGAGAAUAUACUUGGUUUAAGAGUGAUCCAGAGGAUUUUGAAACUAAAAUUGUACUUUCAAUCAGAGAUCAAGCUGUUGCCCAUUUUAAAUCUAAACAAUAA